GGUAUUAUCUUCUUGAACAUCUACUUCAUCUCAGACUCUCUAGAUUACUAAAACAUUCAACUUCUAUCAACCUUUAUACACUUCAAAAUGUCCGGCUCUACCUCCACCGCAUCUGACUCUCCACAAGAGUACUUCCCCGGAAGAGGUAUUUCCACCGAAACCGCCCACUUAAUCAUGUCGUUCGUCGACCAAGCCACUCUUCCCGCCGCCAGAUUAGUAAGCAGAAGUUGGGAGCCAUUGAUGCUGGAGUUCCUUUUCGAAGAGCGUGGUUUCUCCAUGUCACCUUUCAAGAACGAUAUGAAAAGACUCGAGGAGGUGACUCAAACUGUCGCCAUGCCAUCGAUCCAUCACGUCGAUAUCGGUCUUGGCAUUGUCGAUAGUCGCAGAUUGGGUUUGAACAUUCUGCGAAAUGCUUCGUCGGUCUUACUCUCGAAGAUGUCGAAAGAUGAGAAGAAACGCUGGUUGAGAGAUCAGCUCUUGGUAGCUUCGGAUCGGUAUCUCCAUUACGGUCGAGGGGAAGCUUUCGCAAGACUCUUGCAACCUCUUGAAAAUUUGUCGUCCAUCUCGAUCUCAAAUGUCGAGAUUCAAUCUUCUGGAAAUUCAUAUGUACGCCAUGAAGAAUUGUUGGAUGAUCCGGAAAUGGACAUGGAGAUCUAUACUCCGGAGCAAUGGGCUACUCUACCUCCAAUCAAGUUUCAAGGCGUUCUCGACAUACUCACUCGUAUGUCUUUGCGUGGCUCUAUUUCCCUCAAGCAUUUAAAAAUCGAGUCGCUUCCCAUCUACACAUUCAUGACUUGGGAUUCAGAGAUGGGAGUGGGUACUGAUGUCUCUGCUCGAUUCGUCAAAGCUUUCUCCCAUCUCGAUUCACUUUCAUUGGGUCUUUCAUGCUGUGUUCCCAAUGGGCUUUUAUCCUUGGAUCCUGAACCUUCAUGUUUCCAUCAUCAGGCUACAAGUUCCAUCGCCCAGUGGAAUGUACUAGCCAUGAUCACCAUGUGUAAAGUUGUGUCAUCGAUGAAGAAUCUCCGACAUUUAGAUCUCAAUUGGCAACUAUCGCCUCUUGACGAAGAACACGGUUGCAUUCCCAAAAUGAACUCGAAGAACUUGAGAGAGAUGUGGAAUGAGCUCUUUCUCAAAACGACUUUCCCCAAUCUCGAGACGCUGCGACUUUCCUGGUUCUGUAUGGAAAAGAUAGCACUUUAUAAAUUUCUGUUUAGACAUAAAAGCACGUUGAAAUACAUCGAUUUUGGAAAUCAUGCUUUUGAUAAAGAUGAUAUGUCAUGUUCUUUCAAGGAAUUUUUCGAGGGCUUGGGGAAUAGGUUUGAGUUGCAGAAGUUGGAAUGUAGAGAUGUGUAUUCGAUUUCGGCGAGCAUGAGAAAGAAGGAAGGGAGGGAUAGAAUGGAUAAGGAGAGAGCGAGGAAGUAGAGAUUGGAUAAGAAGGGAACGAGGAUGUAUAAAUUGGACAGGGGAGGAAGGAAUAAUUUUUUGUACA